AUAAUUUUGAUGGUAAAAUGAGAGCAAUACCAGUUCGACCCUUCCAAUUCCUCAAACCCCCAUUUUCCUCUUUCCCCUGCAUUUCCUCUCUCUCUCUCUCUCUCUCUCUCUCUCUCUCUCUCCUCACCCUAAUCCCCUCACCCCGCCGGCGGUGAGAUCACCCUCCCCCACCUUCUCCGUCACUUCCCAAGCCAAAAUCCCCAAAAGGGUGGGGAAACAAAUUUAAAAAUAUGCACCCUAGAAACCAAUUUUACAAGAAAACAGAGGAAGGAAGAAGAACAAAAAACGAAGGAAUCUCUAAGGGGGUAAAGGAAGAAAGAAGAAGAAGAAACCCAUUACAAUACUCUCUAAUUCAAUUUUUGGGUCUUUCUUUUUCCUUCUCCAUUCCCCGCAUUUUGAGAGUAUAAAUACUCGUGUCCAAGUUUUUUCCUUGAAGGAGUUUCUUCAGGUCCGCUUUUGGCCAUGGCGGACAUCGUGAAGGAGAUCUUGGCACGACCAAUCCAAUUGGCCGACCAUGUCACGAAAGCAGCCGACGAGGCCCAAUCUUUCAAGCAAGAUUGCCAGGAGUUGAAAUCUAAGACAGAAAAACUCGCCACCCUCCUCCGCCAAGCUGCCCGCGCUAGCAACGACCUCUACGAACGACCCACCCGUCGUAUCAUAGAUGACACCGUACAAGUCCUCGAUAAGGCCCUAACCCUAGUCAUAAAAUGUCGCGCCACUGGCAUCAUGAAGAGGAUGUUCACAAUCAUCCCAGCCACCGCCUUCCGCAAGCUCUCUGUCCAGCUUGAGAACUCAAUAGGAGACGUCUCUUGGCUCCUUCGCGUCUCUGCAUCUGCUGAUGACCGAGAUGAUGAAUACCUCGGCCUCCCACCUAUUGCCGCCAACGAACCCAUCCUAUGCCUCAUCUGGGAACAAAUUGCAAUCCUCUACACGGGCUCCUCCGAAGAAAGAUCUGAUGCAGCCGCCUCCCUCGUCUCCCUCGCUAGAGACAAUGAUCGGUACGGCCGCCUCAUAAUCGAGGAAGGGGGAGUCCCGCCGCUGCUCAAAUUGGCAAAAGAGGGGAAAAUGGAAGGCCAAGAAAACGCUGCCAGAGCAAUAGGGUUGUUGGGCCGGGACCCGGAUAGUGUGGAACAAAUUGUGAAUGCUGGGGUUUGCAAUGUGUUCGCAAAAAUACUCAAAGAAGGUCACAUGAAGGUCCAGUCAGUUGUAGCUUGGGCCGUGUCGGAAUUAGCUGCACAUCAUCCCAAAUGCCAAGACCAUUUUGCUCAGAACAACAUAAUCCGGUUCUUGGUUAGUCACCUGGCCUUCGAAACUGUUCAAGAACAUAGUAAGUACACCAUUGUGAACAUGAACAAGCAAAACUCUAUUCAUUCAGUUCUCGUAGCUAGCAAUAGCCAGAACUCGCACGAUAGAGAAUCCGAGGAGGAUUUAAUAGUCCCAAAAAUCGCCCACCCAAUGAACAAUCAAACCCCAUCUCAAAUGCAAAAUGUGGUCACUAGCACAUUAGUUCAGAACCAACCACCAAAUAACAACAACCAAAAACCGUCAACCACAACACCAUCGUCAUCCUCUUCGAACUUAGCAGGAGCCCAUAAGAAGAGCCCUAGUCCCCAUAAGCCAAAAGGGAAGAAUCAGAAUGGCAAACAUCACCACCACCACCAACACCACCGUGUUCAAUUAUCUGGGACGAGCAUCAAGAAAAGAGAGCAAGAAGAUCCAGCCACAAAAGCCAACAUGAAAGCAAUGGCAGCUCGAGCACUAUGGCAACUAGCACGAGGCAACGUGACGAUAUGUCGUAGCAUAACAGAGUCACGAGCACUACUCUGCUUUGCCAUCUUGCUCGAGAAGGGAGCAGAGGAGGUGCAAUCAUAUUCGGCCAUGGCGUUGAUGGAGAUCACCACGGUAGCAGAGCAGCAUGCAGACUUGAGGCGAUCAGCCUUCAAGCCCACAUCACCUUCUGCUCGAGCCGUGGUGGACCAACUCCUCAAAGUGAUCGAGAUAGCAGAGUCGGACCUAUUGGUCCCAUGCAUACGAGCCAUAGGGAACCUAGCCAGGACUUUUCGUGCCACCGAGACGAGGAUGGUGGGGCCAUUGGUGAAGCUAUUGGAUGAGAGAGAGGCUGAGGUGAUGGUGGAGGCAACUGUGGCAUUGAACAAGUUCGCAUCCACAGAGAAUUUCUUGUGUGUAAACCAUUCCAAGACUAUUAUCGCCGCGGGAGGGACAAAGCAUUUGAUUCAGUUGGUUUACUUUGGGGAGCAGAUGAUUCAAAUCCCUUCCUUGAUCAUGUUGUGUUACAUUACAAUGAAUUGUCCAGAUAGCGAGGUGUUGGCGAACGAAGAGGUGCUUAUCGUGCUCGAAUGGUCAAUGAAGCAAGGGCAUUUGGUGGAGAAUGUGACAAUUCAAGGGUUAUUGCCAGAAGCAAAGAGUAGGUUGGAGUUGUAUCAAUCUAGAGGGUCAAGAGGGUUUCAUUGAUAUAUGUGUUAAUUAGCCUUUUGUGAGCUUGUUUUCACUUUACUUAGCCACCUAUGUUCAUAUAACCCAAACUUUUGUACAAGUUGGCUUUUCCUUUGGCCAAGGGAAAACGUGUACAUAUGAAGAAGAAGGAAGCAUUUUGCGGCUGAAUCUAUGAACAUAUAGCCGCAACUAUCUGUGAUCAUUCCAGCCUUAGCAGGCCGGAUUUGGUGCAUUGUAGUGAGAGGAUUUGUUUCCUUCUUUCUUUUGUUUUUUACCUAUAAUUGCUCAUUCUUCUUGCCCCUUUUGGACCUUUAUUCCAAAUUGAAUCAAUUGUGACAAACUUC